AUGCGUUCACUCAUCGUGCUCGCCGCUUUGGCUGUUACUGUCUGCUUCGCUCAGGACAACUGCUACAUCAACGACAGCGGUUUCACCUGCUGCAACAAGGAACUCGAGGCCUCGAUGAAGGGAGCUAUGGGAGGAGGUGACCUUCUCGGAUCCGCCGAUUCCAUCCAAAAGGGAGCCGAGGGAUCUCUCGGAGGAAAGUUCGAGACUGUCGUCGCUCUCGAUGACUUUGCCUACAAAUCUCACUUCAAGGAGGGAAAAUCAUGCAAGAUCGAGAAGAACGGACAAUACGCUCUCGCCUGGCAGCCAUAA